UGCUGAAAAGCCCAUACGUUGUAGAUCAGUGAUUCAACAUCAGGAAACAGAAAGUGAACCUUACUGACAUUCACUGUCGUAGAGGAGAAAUGGCGCAGCAAGUGAGUUUGGGUCGGGAAAAACUGAGCUGUUCGAUCUGUGUGGAUAUUCUAAAGGAUCCGGUAGCCAUUCCCUGCGGGCAUAGUUAUUGCAUGAGCUGUAUUAAAGACUGCUGGGGUAAGGAGAAUGAGGAGAAAACCUACAGCUGCCCACAGUGCCGUCAGAGCUUCAAACCGAGGCCUGCCCUGGUGAAAAAUACCAUGCUUGCAGAGUUAGUGGAGGAACUGAAGAAAACAGGGCUUCAAGAUGCUUCACCUGAUCUUUCCAUUGCAAAACCUGGAGAUGUGGUCUGUGAUUUCUGCUACGGGGUGAAGCUGAAAGCCUUCAAGUCCUGUCUGGUGUGUAUGGCCUCUUUCUGUGAGCAACACCUCCAACCUCACUUUGAUGUAGCUCCAUUAAAGAAACACAAGUUGGUUGAAGCCACCUCAAAGCUUCAGGAGAACAUCUGCUCUCGUCAUGAUGAGGUGAUGAAGAUUUUCUGCCGCACUGAUCAGCGGUGCAUCUGUUAUCUCUGCUCCAUGGAUGACCACAAAGGCCAUGACACCGUCUCCGCUGCAGCAGAGAGGGCUGACAGGCAGAAGGAGCUCGGGGUGAGCCGGGGAAAAGUCCAACAGAGAGCCCAGGACAGAGAGAAAGACGUCAAGGCGCUUCAACAGAGGGUGGAGGCUAUCAAUGGCUCUGCUGAUGAAGCAGUGAGGGACAGUGAGAAGAUCUUCACUGAGCUCAUUCAUCUCAUUGAGAAAAGAAGCUCUGAGGUGAAGCAGAAGAUCAGAUCCCAGCAGAAAACCCAAGUGAGUCAAGCUCAAGAUCUUGAGGAGAAGCUGCAGCAGGAGAUCACUGAGCUGCGGAGGAAAGACGCUGAGCUGCUGCAGCUCUCUCACACCGAGGACCACCUGCAUUUCCUAAACAACUACCCCUACCCCUCACUGUCACGUCUGAGUGAGUCUGAAGACUUACCCAGCAUUGAUAUCUGUCCUCUGCGCUUAUUUGAGGACGUGACCGCGGCGGUGUCAAAGACCAGAGAUAAACUGCAGGGUGUUGUGACUGAGGAGUGGGAAAACAUCUCUCUGGCAGUGACUGGAGUGGAUGUUUUAAUGACCCAAGCAGAGCCCAGAACCAGAGCUGAAUUCAGGACAUAUUCUCGUCAAAUCACAUUGGAUCCAAAUACAGCACAGAGGCAGUUGUCAUUGAGUGACGGGAACAGGAAAGCAACACUAAUGAAAGUAGAUCAGUCAUAUUCUGCUCACCCAGACAGAUUUGGUGAAAGAUGGCAGGUCCUGAGUACAGAGGGUCUAACUGGACGUUGUUACUGGGAGGUGGAGAGGAGCGGGAAAGCUCUUAUAGCAGUGGCAUACAAGGAUAUUAACAGAACUGGGACAUUUAAGGAAUGUGGAUUUGGAAAUAACAAAUCUUGGGCAUUAGUGUGUAACAUUGGCGGUAAAUAUACAUUCUACCAUCAAUAUAUUUCUACUCCCAUCUCAGGCCCUCCGUCCUCCAGAAUAGGAGUGUACCUGGAUCACAGAGCAGGUUCUCUCUCUUUCUACAGCGUGUCUGACACCAUGACCCUCCUCCACAGAGAGCAGGCCACCUUCACUCAGCCUCUCUUUCCUGGGUUUGGGCUUUCAAACACUCCUGGAAGCUCAGCGGAGUUUUGUGAGCUGAAGUAGGCGGAAGUUUAAAUAGAGCAACUACACAGAGCAACUACAAUAUGUCCGGACUCUAACACGGCUGGGACUGGGAUUUUCCCUGUUUGAUUUUUUUGUCUGUGUCUUUCUAUUUUAAUUUAGAUAAAACAAUUUUGUUUGUUGAAGUUGUGAUUUGUACGUUAUAUUUUCUCAACAUUUUCAUUACAUAAUAUGCUUGGAAAAGUCCAACAUUUACAAAAUGUCUAAUCUAAUUUGAUAUAAACAGGUGUAAUUAUGUAAAAAUGUAUGACGAAUGUAUUUGGAUUCUUUAUAACAUGUAAAAUAUAAUUUAGUAUGACACAUAAUGUCUGUCUUUACAUUGUAACACGUUUUAGGAAUCUUUUAUAAAAAGUAUAUGUUCAAAUCUGUACAAAUAAAUGAAUAAAUCGAUGAGUUGUCACCA